CAAACUCAUUACUAAUAUAUUUAUAGUUAUAGUCAAUACUAUAUUUUUAUCAUCAGUUUAAUUACGGGCUAAUAAAUAUUAAAUUAUUAUAUUACAAGAAGUGAUAAAAAUAAUAUGAUUGCGGAGAUAGUUCUCAGGGAACUACUUAAUAAAAGUAGGAUUAGUUCAGAGGAGACAAUAAAUCAAAUUAAAAGAAUAAUGUUUAACGAAGAGGAAGACACCGAUAUAGAAGCCCUGAGUUGGAAAGUCUCACUAUUAUGUCCGUUAAGUAAAACCCGAAUCCAAUAUCCUUGUCGUGCAAACACUUGUUCUCAUAUCCAGUGUUUCGAUGGAUUAAAAUAUUUUGAGUUGAAUGAGAAUAAGUCUGAUCUGUUUUGGGUACCGGUAUGUCCUGUCUGUAACAAAAUCAUAAGUAUAGAUAAUUUAGCUAUUGAUAGCUUAUUUAGUAAAAUAGUAAAAGAAGUGCCCAUCACUUGUAAUGAGAUCCAGUUCACUGAAGAUGGCUCAUGGAUUCCAGUGCUUAAUGAAGACGAUAAAGGAAUGAAACGAACUCAAUCUUCAGAAAUGUCUGAAACAAAAAGGCAAAAAGUUAUUACAAUCGAUGAAAGUGAUGACGAGGAGGACAUUAAUAAUAAUAUUAUCACCAACAACACCAACAACACCAACAACACCAACAAUGAUGUUCCAGUGAUGACCAACAGUUGCAAAGAGGACACCACCGACUUUAACAACAUUGAUAUGAAUGUGACUCAACAGAUAUCACCCAAUAUGUCCAAUGAAUUAUCACGGGAUCAGUCUGUCAUUUAUGUCAUAUUAACUGAUUUAUCAAAACGCAUCAAAGUUUCUCGUAUUGAUUUACCGGCAAAUUUUUAAUAUACUAUAUGAUU